UGAGAGAGAGAGAGAGAGAGAGAGAGAGAGAGAGAGGAGGAGGAGGAGAAGGAGGAGGAGAGAGGUUUCGUGACAAAAAAAACUUUCCUUCUUCCACCUAUCUAUCUAUCACACCAGUAAGAGUUUUUGGCUCUUCCUCGAUUUGAUCGUUCAUUUCAUUUCUCUCUCCUUCGGUAGUUUUGUUCUCUACAAAAUUAUGCUCCGAAAAAUCUUUUUUUAAUUUCUCUUCUUUUGCCAGUAAUGGCAGUGCAUCAGUUCCAGUGCAAGAAAUAAAGAGGCAGAGAGUUUUCAUUGGGAAGGUAAAGCUUUGCCUCUCAAAGAUAAGAUUUUUCUCUUUAUCUCUCUGUGUCUACCCCGCGUGCGCUCUCUGCUGUAUUAACUCUGUCGUUCUCUAAAGAAAGAGAGAGAAGUAGAAGAAGAAGUUGGAGUUAAUGUGGUUAAUCACCAGAAAGAUGAACACCCAUUUUCCAAAGGAAACCUGAGCAGGCUUUGACAGAGAAGCCAGGAAAGUAAAACUCACAAAGCUUCAUAAAUAUAACACACAGACUACUACUUCUACUACUAUCACUAUUUAGGAUUUCUGUAAAAAGGCUGAUUGUUGUAGCAUAAAUCUCGGGAGAGACUGGAGAUAGAACAAUCUUGCGAGCAAAAAAGAAAAAAAGAUUGCGUAGGAGAGAGAGAGACAGAGAGAAGGAUAUGGUUAAUGUUAUUGGUAUAUAGCAAAGCCAAAGCCAACUAAAAAAGAUAAGAUAGUGUGAGUGAUACAGAGAGAGAGAGAGAGAUAAUGGAGGAGGGUGGUUCUAAUAGCACUUCUUGUAUGAUGGCUUUGGGAGACAACAGUAAUGGACUAUGUCCUAUGAUGAUGAUGAUGAUGCCUCUCAUGAAUUCUUCUCAUCAACAGCAUCAUCAUCAUCACCAUCACCAUCAACCUGAUGCAGACUCAAAUACCCUAUUUCUUCCCUUGCCUUGUACCAACAAUCAAACUCAAAACCGCAAUACCAGUAGUGGCUCUUCACUGAUUCUUGACAAUAACAACAGAAACACAGGCUGUUAUUUCAUGGACACCAACGAUGGCACCUCAUCUUCGUCUUCUUCCUCAGUCAAGGCUAAGAUCAUGGCUCAUCCUCACUACCACCGUCUUUUGGCUGCCUAUGCCAACUGCCAGAAGGUGGGAGCUCCACCUGAAGUGGUGGCAAGACUAGAAGAAGCUUGCGCUUCUGCAGCAUCGAUUGGCCCCGGUACUGGCACGGCCUCUCUUGGUGAAGAUCCAGCACUCGAUCAGUUCAUGGAGGCCUACUGCGAGAUGCUUACAAAGUAUGAACAAGAGCUCUCUAAACCUUUCAAAGAAGCCAUGCAAUUCCUCCAAAGGGUCGAGUGUCAAUUCAAAGCCCUAACUGUUUCUUCUUCUUCUUCAAAUUCUGCUCGAACUGAGGCUUUUGAUAGGAAUGGUUCAUCUGAGGAAGAGUUUGAUGUGAAUAAUGAUCACUUCAUAGAUCCCCAAGCUGAAGACCAAGAAUUGAAAGGCCAGCUUCUGCGCAGGUACAGUGGAUACUUAGGUAGCCUCAAGCAGGAGUUCAUGAAGAAGAGGAAAAAAGGGAAGCUGCCUAAAGAAGCCAGACAACAAUUGCUUGAUUGGUGGAGCAGACAUUACAAAUGGCCUUACCCAUCGGAAUCUCAGAAGCUGGCCCUUGCAGAGUCAACCGGCCUGGAUCAGAAGCAAAUAAACAACUGGUUUAUUAAUCAACGGAAACGACAUUGGAAGCCUUCGGAAGAUAUGCAGUUUGUGGUAAUGGAUGCUCCUCACUCUCACUAUUACAUGGAUAAUGUUAUGGGCAACCAGUUUCCGAUGGAUCUCUCUCCUGCACUGCUUUGAAUAAGCUGAUAAUUUGGAGCUCAUCUUAUUAAUUAUAUUGUGUUAAAGUAAUAUUUUAAAUAUAUAUAAGCCCAAUACUAUAUAUGUAUGUUGGCAAACAGCGAUGUAAUCUUAUCAUGUGCAUGCAGCUGCAUGCAUGCAUUUGGAUGCUAUUCCAUAUAAAUUGACUGCUAAAUUAAAUUAGUUUGCUAGCUUGUUCA